AGCUGCAGUACAUGCAUAUUUGCAGGGAAAACAAAUGGCAGAAUUUGGGGAGGGAGGGGGGGGGCAUAGUGGGAGGACGAGAGAGGGGACACAGUAUUAAAGACUCAGAGUCAGUGUGGACGGUCCUAUCGGUCUGAUACAAUACCAUGCAAGUGCGUGCAACUAGAGUGCGGAAAACUAUCACAGUGGUUGACUUAGCAAAGCUGUCUACAGCUAGUGAAGAUUGUGUAUAGCUAGCCAGCACUAACCUGACAAGGAGGUAUAAGACUCCAAAGUGAAGAGUUUUGUUCAUGACUGUACAUAUGGACAAGACAAUCUAAGAUUUUUUAGACGCAAAGAGAGAGAGAGAGAACAAUAGAGCAAGCAGUCACUUUGAAGAGGACUCAACAAAAUGACAGAUGCGACAGAGCAACUGGACGAGCUCUGCUAUCUCACGGCUCAGUCCCUGACCACACUGAAGACGUCAGAGCACUUUAAGCUUAUCAAACUUCUGGGACAGGGGUCAUAUGGAAAAGUCAUGCUGGCUGUCCACAAGAAAAGAGGGACACCCAUGGCACUGAAGUUCUUCCCUCGUCCGGACACAUCCCUCCAGGCUUUCCUGCGUGAAUACAACCUCUCCCUCUCCUUCUGCACUCACCCCUCUCUCAACCGGGCUCUCGGUAUCUACUACUCCACCCCAUCCUACUACGUCUUUGCACAACAGGCUGGUCUCUAUGGUGACCUGUAUGACGUCAUUGUGUCAAAGGAUAGUGUGAGUGAGGAGUGCUCCCAGCGGGUGAUGUCUCAGCUUAGUGGGGCCGUCUCCCACCUCCACUCUCUGGGCUUCGUCCACCGUGACAUUAAGCCGGAGAACAUCUUCCUCUGCGAUGCGGCAUGUCGCUGGGUCAAAUUGGGUGACUUUGGACUGGUGAGGGCACAGGGCACCCAGGUCCGUGCUGUCUGGUACGACUCACCCUUCUGUGUGCCUGAGCAAGACAGAAAGGAAGAGGAGGAGGAGGAGGAGGAGGAUAUUUGGAUAUCAGUGGAGCCCAGUUUGGAUAGCUGGGCCCUGGGGAUUCUGGUGUUUUGCCUGCUGACAGGCUGCUUCCCCUGGGAGGAGAGCACCUCAGAUGACCCAUCCUUCUGUGCAUACAAGAAGUGGUUUGACCAUAUGGCCGAGAGUAAGGAGGAGGACGCUAAUUGCUACGACCAAAUCGCGUCACACUUUUCAUUCUUCAGCCCACUAGCCUUGUCACUCUUCAGGCAGCUGCUGAACCCAGAGCCCACACUAAGGGCUGGGGCUGACGAGAUCCCAGGCUACCUGGGGGGGGCCUGGCUCCUAGAGACUGAGAAGGAGGAGAAGACGAAGGCAGAGGCGGCAGAGAGGGAGGCCAGGAGAGUAUCAGAGGGAGGACUUGCCAGGGAGAAAGAAAGGGAGGGGAGAGGAGAAAGAUAAAUGGUUUACCCCAUACGAUGUUAUUUAUUGGCCCAUGUACCACAUGUUCACUGUAUCUACUGAUGUAAGACCUGAAUUUGGGUCUGUAUAUAAGAAACAAAUAAAUAGAUGAAUGUAAAAUGUAUGUAUUUUUAGCAUGUGAAUAUUAAAUACCUCUGAUCAGAGAUUUAAGUCUGAUACUUCCUAGAUUAAUUGAGAAAGGGUGAAUCACAACUAAAUUAAACUGCUGUAGUUUUCUUCUAUUCUGUAAAUAAAUUAUAUCCGGAGCUGUUGUAGUGGUUGAAAUAGCUGUAUUUCAACAGAAAACACUUUCAUUUGUUGGACAACCAGUACUGAUAUCAAAUGUAUAACAAUAUAAUCCUGCCUCACAUCUCUACCUCAGAUAGAAGUUGUUUGGCUAAUGAUGCUGGUAAUCUGGUCGUGGGGGUCUUAUUGUGUAUAUGUGAUUGUUGUUUUUUUAAUACUUUAAUGCAAUAAACAUAUUUUCAUUUA